GGUUGGCUAAAAUAUACCGUUAUAAUAUUUCUAAUAUGGAACAAGAAAUGAAAUUUGCUAAAAAUGGUCGCGAUUUUCAUUAUACGCCUGAAGAAUUGCAAGAAAUCAUUCAAAAUAACUUUGGAGAUUUAGAUGAUGAAAAUACUAAUCAAGAAACGGAUUUAAUGGAUGAAUUAAAAAAUUUAGAGGCAGAGGAAAGAAAUUCUGAAUUAGUAGAUAAUUCAAAUAUAACACUUAAUGUAGCAGAUUUAUUUGAUUUAAAUGUUGUUGAAGAAAAAGAGCAGAAUGAAUUAGAAAAUUUAUAUGAUAUGGAUGACAAUGGAGAUGCAUCAUCGGAUGAAACAGAAUGGGAUCCUCAAUUUAUUUUGCAACGUUUAGAUCCUGAUAAUGAAUAG